ACUGCAACCACUACCUUCCUCUUUUGGACAAUCCCAAGCCCCUCAGCUUACUAAGCAUGUCUAGCAACAACUCAAUCUCCAUGGCUGUCAGCGCCUCUGGUGCUCAGGCUCCUCAGGAGAGGCCCAACUCUCCUAGCCCCAAGGAGCUGACCCCUCAGGACCAGCAGCCUUCAGCUGCCAUGGUCCAUGAGGAGGGCCAGGCCCACCAGGACAAGGAGCAUCCAAUGGAUCUGGAUGAGUCAGGUUAUCUGGAUGUAGAUGAAGAUGAAGAAGAGGAAGAGGAGGAAGAUGAUGAUGAUGAUGAUGAUGAGAUUCCACUGGCCAACAAGAAGAAUUCUGCUACUGCUGCUGCUCCUGGGAGGAAGGGUAGCAGCAAGGCUGGGGGUACCAAGGUCUCUGCCAGAGCCAAGAAAUUGCUGGCUGGAAGGCCUGAACAGGCUGAUCAGGCCUCCAACUUCACCUCCCUCCAGGAGGCCUACAAGGGUCUCAAGGGGUGCAGGAUUGGGUGCUACCUUGUUCAUGUCAGCCCCAGUGAAGAUGGUCUGGGCUACACCCUGGACCUUGCCUUGGAUGGGCCUGCUUUGCAGGCCAAUGCUGUUAACAGGAGGCCUCUGUCAACCAGUCACCUGAACAGGAUCCACAACCAUAUGAAGCUUAAGUACAAAGGCUUCAUGUUGGAGCAUUCAAUCUAUGUUGGAGUCCAAAGCAACUGGAUUGUCAACCCUCAGCUCAAUGCUGUUGAUGACACAGACCUACCCAAGGUUUUCUGGAGUGAGGCCUCCAAGGGCCAAAAGGCCCAUAUGCUCAAUGGGCAACAUAGGCUUGCAGCUUCCAUGAAGCUGGUACAGCCUCUAGUGAAGGACUUGCUUGAGGCAGACAAAGCCUUGUCCACACUGCCCAAAGCCUCCCAAACUUACAGAGACCUGGAGGCCAGGAGGGAGGAGAUUAGGCAGGAGAUCCAGGAGAAGACUACUUGGGCUGUGCAACUGUUUGACUUGGGUAAGGUUGCUCAUUUGCAGCCAUCACUCUUCAUCUCACUUCAGUUUGACCAGAUGCUCUCAACCAACAUCAGUUCAAGCACCAGCUCUACUUCCUCUUGGCUGAAAAUGAGCCAGAUGCCUAUAUGACAGAUGAUGAAGAGUCUCAGAUGGGCUAGGUCCUUCCUACAUUUGUUCUCACCAAUUUCUA